AUGGCUAAUAUCAACACAACCGCAAUGCGGUCCCUCGCGAAAUCAGUCAAGAGGCUGGUCAAGCUCCUCUGGGGCGGCUACCAGACCAAUGACCUCUGGCAGCGCAUCGUCAAAUGCUCGUUCGCCUGCACUGUCGCCGUCAUAGUUGUGAUCCACCCCAGAGCCGUCUCCGUCUUCGGCCCUUCAACCUUCCUCUGUCCGAUGGUCACCGUCUUUGCGCAUCCCGGUCAGCGCAUGGGCAUGAUGAUUGAGUCGCUUCUCAUGGUGCUGCUGGGUUCUCUCUUUGGCCUCGGGUGGUCUCUUCUCGGCCUCUACCUCUCCAGCCUUCUUCUCGACAGCAACCAGCCCGCGGCAUUCGCAGUCCGAGCCAUGUUCCUGCUUGUCUCUGUGCUCUUCCACGGUUACGUGCGAUCUUCAAGUCCUCGUCUAUUUACCAUGGUCGCAUUCCUUCUUAUUGCCUCCAUCAUUGUCCUCCUUGGAAGUUCCCGAGAGGUCACCUUGGCUGUCUUCACCAAUGUCUACUAUCCCCUCCUAGCCGGAGGCGGCAUCACCCUCUUUUUCAACGUUUGUCUUUUCCCGGAACUCUCAAGCAGUUUUCUUGGUUUAUCCACCAUCGACACCUUGUGCGAGACCAUGGAGACUUUGACCAGAGCCACUCACUGGUUUAUCACGCCUGGCGGAGAUGGGCUUGCCGCCAUGAGCACGGUCAAGAGCGCUGCAGACAAGCCGAAGCGCAAGAAGAAAGGCCCGUGGCGAAAGUUCCUUGAUGAAUUUCCCAGCCCGUUUCAGUCCGCUCAGGGUCGGUACAGGGCGUCGACUGUCCCUGUCCAGCAGACUACCGUCGCCAGCUUGACUGGGAGAAAGGCGAAGCUCCGAACUCGUCUUGCCCGUUGCAAGGCUGCCCAGAGAGAGAUCAACUACGAGGCUUCCAUCUCACCGCUCCCUCCCAGUAGCAUGAAGCCCCUGAGUACCGCCUACAUGUCCAAUUUGGUCCAAAGCACCGUCACACUCAUUGGCGCUUGUGAGAACAAAUUCGUCGUCCUAGAGAACGAAACACGUUCUAUAGGAGACGAUCUCACUACGACUGACAGCUAUGUCAGUGACAUAAGCGAAAUCAGACGGAUGUCAACCAUAGACGACUACCUUCGAAGGGUAGAAAACGCCAAGCCCAUCAGGGAAAUUGAGGCCAGCACGUAUUGUUAUGACGUUCCCAGGCUUCCGUCCGGAGCUCCAGCCCCAACUGGAAUCCAUCUUGAGGAACUUGACCUCAGGAUCGACCACUUCACCGAAGCGCUGUCUCAUUUUGAUGCUAGUUGCGCGACCCAACUUAAGCGGUCAGCAAUUGAUAACAGCGGCCAUGGCAUUGAUUUUAUGCCUCGAAUGGAGACGUUCCUGAUUUCCUCAUUCGUGCUUGCGUUCCGUCAAUCCGCAAUGCAUGUUUUGCAGAUGCUUCGCCAUAUGAGAAAAGUUGUCGAGGAAAGACAAGCCAACCAUGACAAAUCAUCACUGUGGUUGCCUCGACAUACCAGUAUUCGCCAGUGGUUGACAACUGGAGGCGAAAGCGACGGCUUGGUUCUACCUGAAGCCGCCCGCAAAGAGGUUCGCCGGGGCAAAGUCGCACCAGGCUCGAAGCCCAAGACCCAGCCUCACCCUCCAAACCACGAGCAUAUUACUAAACAAAGGACCAAGGACGAAGAAAGAGGACACGAUCAACCCAAGAACGAAACAUCACCAGAGCGUGAAGAUGAUAUUAGCAACAAAAACGAGGGGAAAGAAGACAAGCGGAAAGAAGUUGACUGGAUACUCAAGUGGAGGGGCAAGGCGGCAGAUGCACUAGAAUGGAUGCAGGACUCAGAUGACGUCGCGUAUGCCCUUAAGUUGGCCAUUGCAGUUUUCUUCGUCAGCUGGCCUGCACUGGUGACAUCCUGGAAUGACUGGUACUCUGAAGUCCGUGGCAUAUGGGCUCCCAUGCAGCUGUUUCUCGUCUUCGAGGUCGCUGUUGGCACCUCCUUCUUCAUCUUCUUCUUACGACUAAGUGGUGUUAUCGCUGGGUCUGUAUGGGGUUAUAUGUCGUAUGAGAUUGGGAGAGGUAACCGCAUCGCCAUGGUUGUCAUAUUGGUGCUCGGUAUCGUUCCCUCGUACUACGUCCAACUCGGGACUAAAUACGUCAAGGCGGGCAUGGUCUCUACUGUCACUAUGGUUGUGGUCGCGCUCGCUGCCAUGAAUGGAAACGGCACAGCAGUAGAAAACUUCUACAAGAGACUUACUGCCUUUGUGGUCGGAGGUGCAGUCGCCCUGGUGGUUGAAUUAUUUAUCUACCCCGUCAGAGCCCGCGAUCGUAUGCUUGAAUCAUUGUCUGCGUCAGUCAGACAGGUCCAGAACAUGCAGUCUGCCAUGGCAGUGGGGAUUGACUGUCCUGAGAAGCUUGACCUGCGAGCUCCCGCCUUGCACAAACGCUUCAAUCAUGCGCGUGCCAAAGCUCGAGGCGCUCUCGCUGCCGCGGAGACAUUCCUCCCCUUUUGUUCAAGUGAGCCACGUCUCAAAGGUAGCUUCAAGCCUCUGGCUCCCAUCUAUCAGGAGAUUGUCUAUGUUCUCCACCAAAUCAUCGAUAGGAUGGACAACAUGAUUCAGCUGCGGAAGGAAUAUGGCUCCUCUGUCCUGGAGGAUCUUAAUCCCAAAGUGCAUACCUAUCGCCGGAACGUGGCCGCCAGCAUCAUGCUAGUGCUCUUCUCCGUCAACGAGGCUCUCACAACCUGGCAGCCGCUCCCGCAAUUCAUCCCGUCAAGUCGACUAGCACAACUCCGUCUCGUCACACACGUCCGCGAAGUGCUCGCAUCGCGCAGCGGCACGCAUACCCCUGCUGGAGGCAUGCCCACUGUGUUUGACGAGAACGGUGAGUUGGCAGAGCAGAUUGCCCAUCUUAUCACGCAGAAGCGUUUCCUCUCAUGGAACGCCAGCACGGCGGGUCAGAUGGAGAUUAUCGAGUACCUCGAGGAGCUGGUAGAACUGGUCAAGUUGCUUGUGGGCGUUAACGCGUUCCGUAGCGGCAUGCUCGAGAUGCCCGACUACAGUAACUACCGACAGCGUGUUCUGGCGAAGCGCAUGCCGCUGGCUAUGGUACCUACCGCUGAGAGUAGCACGGCAGGCGUCCCAGCUGUGGAGGUGGUGACGGCACCAGCGACGUUGCUGGCCGGCGAGCCGGAAGGUACCGGUUUACAUAGGACAAAGACUAUGUGGGAGCGCGCAGGACAGAUCAAAGAAAGGCUGCGGAAGAAGAAGACCAUCGAGGAGGAAGCGGUGGGAAGUGACAGCGAGGAUGAUAUCCCGAUGAGUCUCCAGAGAGUUGGUACACGGCUCUGGGAGAAUGAUGCUGUCGUUCGACGUCGGGCAUUUACCAUGAGCCACGAUAAUAGGUAG